AUGUCAACUUCAAACAGUGAAGAUCUAAUAUCGUCGUUAUAUCCUCCACCUCCACCAUUUGUGAAAUUUUUCACUGGUGAAAACUUGGCUAAAUUGGAGGAAAUUCGCAAAACAACGACAGCUAUUGAAAGCGAGGAGGGUGAUGUUGAUAGUGGAGAGCACAUCAAAGGAGAACUCAAGCUUUUAGUUCCGCCAGAGGUACCCUCAGGGUCUCAGUAUAGAGGCUACGGAAACAUAUGGUCAUUCAAAGACAAACUACCGAAUUUAAAAGACACUCAAUGGAAACAACUUUAUAACGAUGCCAAUUUGACUUCUGAGACAAAGAUUAAAGAAUUGCAUAAAAUGAUGGACUCGUUAUUACUUAAUUUCGUUGAAUUGAUCAAUAUUUUGAGUGUUGAUCCACAACAAUUUGAACCCAAAAUAAAGGAUAUGAGUUUGUUGUUGAUUAAUUUCAAUCAUAUUUUGAACACUUAUAGACCACAUCAAAGUAGGGAGAGUUUGAUAAUGUUGUUGAAAAGGAAAAUACAAGCUAAAAGGGCAGAAAUUGAAAAUAUCGAGUCUGUUUGUGAGGAUGUGAAGUCUAAAAUCAUUGCAAUGAGUAACGAGGAUAUUGAUAUGAACGUGAACGAAAAUGAUGAAAAGGUCGUGAGUGAUUACGAUGGUAAUAUAGAAAAGGAUAGAAUUGUUAAGAAUCUACUACUGAAUAUAUAG